AUGGGGAUCUCUACGGAGACACAGCAGCAGCACGAGAAGGAGGCUGCACAAAAGAGAUGGACUUUAAGCGAUUUCGACAUUGGAAAGCCUCUUGGUAGAGGGAAAUUUGGGCAUGUCUAUCUAGCGAGAGAGAAACGUAGCAAUCACAUUGUGGCUCUAAAGGUUCUUUUCAAGAGCCAGCUUCAACAAUCUCAAGUCGAACACCAGCUUCGAAGGGAAGUCGAAAUCCAGUCUCAUCUUCGUCAUCCAAAUAUUCUACGCCUCUAUGGUUAUUUCUAUGAUCAGAAGAGAGUUUACUUGAUUCUUGAGUAUGCAGCUAGAGGAGAACUUUACAAAGAGCUUCAGAAAUGCAAGUACUUCAGCGAACGCCGUGCAGCAACUUAUGUUGCGUCAUUGGCUAGAGCUCUCAUCUAUUGCCAUGGAAAGCACGUAAUACACAGAGAUAUUAAGCCAGAGAAUCUACUGAUUGGUGCUCAGGGUGAGCUCAAGAUCGCCGACUUUGGAUGGUCUGUACACACAUUCAACCGCAGAAGGACUAUGUGUGGCACUUUGGAUUACCUUCCACCUGAGAUGGUGGAAAGUGUAGAACACGAUGCUGGUGUCGAUAUCUGGAGUCUUGGAGUUCUUUGUUAUGAGUUUCUUUAUGGUGUCCCUCCUUUUGAGGCCAGAGAGCAUUCAGAUACAUACAGAAGGAUUGUGCAAGUUGAUCUCAAAUUUCCUCCUAAACCCACAGUGUCUUCAUCUGCGAAAGACCUGAUUAGCCAGAUGCUUGUUAAGGAGUCUACGCAACGUUUGGCCUUGCACAAACUUCUGGAGCAUCCGUGGAUUGUACAAAACGCAGAUCCUUCUGGUAUCUACAGAGGUUGA